GAGGCAGCAAGGUAAGGCCGCGCCUCCCGGCUGCGCGGGCCGGGCUCGUGCUGCGAUAGCGAGCGCGCGGAGAGGGUUUCCGUGAGCUCAGUUUCUUUCUUACAUUUUGUUGCAUGGAGGGGGCAGGCGUGAGCCGGCUGUGCGGGUUGGUGGGGCGGAAGUCUUGUUUCAGUGCAUUCACGGCAGCCUCUGUCCCAGAGGCAGCAGGAGCUGAAGACACACAAGCGUUUCCCACAGGCGCUCCGUGGGCAGAGACGUGGCCUUUCUGCUUUGUAACUCCUUGUUCUUCCUUUUCAGUUCUGUUGAAAGCAGACUGUAACAAGGGGUAUGUCACGGUUAAGCAGAUAGGGGUCAACCCAACUAGUGUGGACUUGGUGGAUGUUGGCAAGGAUGAAGAGGUGAAAAUGAGGCCAGGCCAAGUUCUGCAUAUUGUGAAUAAACUUUACCCCUUCGUGGUGCAGUUUGGUGAAGAAUCAGAAGAAAGUGUUAUGGAAGCAGAAGAGAAAAUACAAACUGAAAAGAGGCCAUGUGAGGACUCCUGUGAGAAUGAUGAUAUAGAAAAUGUGCCCAAAAAGGCAAAGAAGAUGGAGGUGGUGGAUACACAAAGCAGUUCUGCAGACCUCAGGCCGAGCAAGAGCAGUGUAUCUCCACAUGAAGGGACAACGAGCAGAAAGGAACAUUUAGGACACUGGAGUCAAGGUCUAAAGAGCUCCAUGCAAGAUCCGAAGGUGCAGGUUUAUAAGGACGAGAAGACUGUAGUCAUCAAGGAUAAAUAUCCCAAAGCACGUUACCACUGGCUUGUAUUACCGUGGGACUCCAUUUCAAGCCUCAAAUCAGUCACCAGAGAGCAUCUUGGACUCUUGGAACAUAUGCAUGCAGUUGGGCAAAAAAUGAUUCAACAGUGCCCUGCCAAAGAAAGCCUGGAGUUCCGUCUGGGUUACCACGCCAUUCCCAGCAUGAGUCAGCUGCAUUUGCAUGUAAUCAGCCAAGAUUUUGACUCCCCUGCUCUGAAAACCAAAAAGCAUUGGAACUCCUUUACCACAGAAUACUUCCUAAACUCCGAAGAAGUGAUAGAGAUGGUACGAAGCAAGGGAAAAGUAACGGUGAAUGAUCAAGCCUCUGAACUUCUCAAACUGCCCCUGAGAUGCCAUCUCUGCAAACAACAGCUAUCCACUAUCCCACAGCUAAAGGAACAUCUAAAGAAACACUGGACAAAAUGACUACCAAAAAAUCAUCUGGCAACCCAUGUGCUCAGAUUUCAGGACAACACAAAGACCUCAGGGUUGAAGGGACGCAUAUGAUUUUUGUUAACUGGAGUGGGAAACAAGAUACGGGAAAACAUAACGUAUUAACAGCAGCAUAUUAACAUUGUCAGAGCUUAGACAAAAAGAAUACAAUAAAAUGACUUCCGAUUUCA